ACUCUGCCCUUCUGUCCCUCUCGCUUCCUUUCUCCCUACGACUAGUCUCUAUUAGCUACUAGCUCCCUGUUGUCAGCUGCCCGUGGCUGUCGGCCCACAUCCUUAGCCGGGCCCCUUCUCCGUUCCCUGGGGCUUAUCUCAUGGCCCGCCUCUAGGGGCGAGCGCGCUGAAGAGCGGUGCUUCUGGGCAAAUCCCGAAACAGAGCUUCAUCCAAUACUGAGUCCCGCUAGGUCACCCCAUUUGACAACUGAAGGCUGCACCCCACAGACCCUAGCAGCUUGAAGCCCUGCAGUCCAGGGAAUGCUUUUAGCUGUGGGGUGACCUAGCUCUUCUGCCACCAUGAACAGGGCCCCUCUGAAACGGUCCAGGAUCCUGCGCAUGGCGCUGACUGGAGCCUCAGCUGCCUCCGACGAGGCAGAUGCCGAUAGCGGGAACAAGCCAUUUCUGCUCAGGGCGCUGCAGAUCGCCCUGGUGGUCUCUCUCUAUUGGAUCACCUCCAUCUCAAUGGUAUUCCUCAACAAGUACCUGCUGGACAGCCCCUCCCUGCAGCUGGAUACUCCUAUCUUUGUCACCUUCUACCAAUGCCUGGUGACCUCGCUGCUGUGCAAGGGCCUCAGCACGCUGGCCACCUGCUGCCCUGGCAUGGUGGACUUCCCCACCCUGAAGCUGGACCUCAAGGUGGCCCGAAGUGUGUUGCCGCUGUCGGUGGUCUUCAUCGGCAUGAUAGCCUUCAAUAACCUCUGCCUCAAGUACGUGGGGGUGGCCUUCUACAACGUGGGCCGCUCACUCACCACCGUGUUCAAUGUGCUCCUCUCCUACGUGCUGCUCAAACAGACCACGUCCUUCUAUGCUCUCCUCACCUGCGGUGUCAUCAUCGGUGGUUUCUGGCUUGGUAUAGACCAGGAGGGAGCUGAGGGCACCCUGUCCCUCACGGGCACCAUCUUCGGGGUGCUGGCCAGCCUCUGCGUCUCGCUCAACGCCAUCUAUACCAAGAAGGUGCUCCCGGAAGUAGACAACAGUAUCUGGCGCCUCAGCUUCUAUAACAACAUCAACGCCUGCGUGCUCUUCUUGCCUCUGAUGGUAGUGCUGGGUGAGCUCCGUGCCCUCCUUGACUUUGCUCACCUGGACAGUGCCCACUUCUGGGUCAUGAUGACACUGGGUGGCCUGUUUGGCUUCGCCAUCGGCUACGUGACAGGACUGCAGAUCAAAUUCACCAGUCCCCUGACCCACAACGUGUCAGGCACAGCCAAGGCCUGUGCGCAGACAGUGCUGGCCGUGCUCUAUUACGAAGAGACUAAGAGCUUCCUGUGGUGGACAAGCAACUUGAUGGUGCUGGGUGGCUCCUCUGCCUACACCUGGGUCAGAGGCUGGGAGAUGCAGAAGACUCAGGAAGACCCCAGCUCCAAAGAGGGUGAAAAGAGUGCUGUCAGGGUGUGAGCUCCUUCACGGACCCGGGGCUGAGCUCAGGUA